ACGGACCCCCAGUCGGACGAUCUACGUAUCGUUCGGUAUUCAGUGUCGUUGAUCCGUUUGGACGGCCGACAAAGUUGUAAAUUUCGCGAGAGCGAAGUAACUCACCGUUGUUGGCAUUGGUAUGUUUCACGAGCAAAGAUUUUGGAACGAAGCGAAUGACAUCAUGGAUCCUCCUAUUGCUUAAUUAAUGAAUUGUGCCGUAUGGAAAAAAUGAGUUUAUGGAAGAUUGUGGCAUAGCGUGAGAUAUUAAUUCCACGAAAACAAAAGUUCAAUUUAGAGAGGUUCUCUAUAAUACUUUAUCUUCAUAUAAUACAAUGUCAUAUUAAAUAGAAAAUACUGAUUUAUGCAUUUUAAAUAAUAUCAUAAUUUGGAUUGCGUUUGAUUAUUGCAUUUGAUAUAAUAUUCUUGUUGCAAGAUUGUAAUAUGGCUACCGCACAGUUGAACAGAGCCAGGACUAUAAAGAAGCUUGAAAAACCACGGCCGCUUAAGCUUAAUCAGCGCAACCCGACCGUCGAUGGGCGGAUCACGACUGUAGAGGAUAUAGUAUCCUUAAUCGACAAUGUUGCCAUGCAACUGACCAAUGGCUUCCAUGAUCGAACGCUGCAAAUGAAUGUGAUUUCUAUGUGCAGUCAUCUGAAGCUUUAUGCCAACCAAUUAGAAGCUAUUUACAAAGAUCAGCUAGACCGAGCUUUUGUGGCGAUCAGAAAUGGGAGCCAGGACGAUAGAUUAGAUCUGACGACCAGGGUUCAUCUGCUGGAACUCAUCGAACUGCGAGCGAAACAAUGGCGUCAUACCGAUUCGAUGGACGUGUAUUACAUGCAAAAGUUGUCACAUCUAGAUAAUCAGACCGAGGCAGUCCCUGAUAUACCUACAAACUCUCUGUCGUCCCCGUUAUUGGCGAUGACUUCACCCACUUCAACGCCGAUUUUGGGACCCGGUGAAGUGAUCAAGAAUAGCGGAAAAUUCACAAAACCUACGCGCAUACCGGGGAAAAAUUAUUGCAAAGACGAAGUCGUCAUUCGCAACAGCGAUUCGGGCAAAGUGAUGGGAAUAAAAGGGCGUCGAGUUCACAUGAUAGAAGAGCUCAGCCAGACGAUCAUCUCCUUCCAGCGAGUAAACCCUGGAGCUAAAGAACGACUUGUCCAAAUCACGGGAACGUCCGAGGACAAGAUUCAUUACGCGAAGGAUUUAAUAAAAGAUACGAUACAACGAAAUGCAUCUCCAGUGAGAUUGGAACAGAACUCUGGUGGCGAGAAGGGGGCCAUGGGUGGUUCUAACUCCUCGCUCAACAGUAGCGCAUCGGACGAGAGCAACCGACUGCAACACAACUCUCGUCUACGUUCGUCUCUGCUGCAUAGUUUUUCCACCAACGACGCCAGUAUAGGCGAAUACAAGUACACUGUUACCGUUGGUAACCAAUCCCUCAAAAUUACUGGCUGCAAUCUCGAUCUCGUCAGGACGGCGAAACUGGUAUUAGAUGAACACUUUUUGGGCGACUCCGAGAACUUUACCAGCGGGAUAGAGUACUUCAAUUAUGAAGAUGAACCCAGCUUCUCCGUAACUACCGUCUCCUCCAGUAUUCCCCGUUGUACACCGUUGUUGCCGUUGGACAACGUGAACGCUUCUUCUCUAAAUCGAGAGUUAAGCCUGGACAGCGCCGCAACCUCUUCAGAAAGUGAAGAAACUUACAAAUCUCGUCCGAUCUACGAAGAGCAAUACUCCAAGACUCAACAAGUUCCAGAAGCAAGAGAACUUACGUACGAGUUUCUGCUGCUGUGCGCGACAGGCCCGUACGCGAAGCGACCUCCCGCCGAUUGGGCGCGCAUACAGAAGGAAUGUCCUAAUAUAGUUCGUAAGGCACCGAUUCGCUGGUUCGAACCGGAGGCGUACAAAGCCAAGUUAGCAGCUGCUGGUUCUGUUGCAAUAUUGCCGAUUAACGAAGCGGAAACCGAUCCCGAGUGAAGCUAGAAUUGUCAAAUUGUUUUUCUUCCGAUACCCUUUUCCAUUUUGGUAACAAAUUUUCAGAAAACAACAUGGUUGUGUCAGUCGUAAGAUUACGGCGCGUUUUAUUCUUAUGUGUCUAUACCAUAGACAUAGAAAUAUUUAAUUUUCUAUAUCUAUGGUUUAUACGUUUUUGUAAAAAAACAAAAGCUAUUUCUUCAUAAAAUAUA